AUGAACAAUAUUGGAAACUUUGCCUAUUACAAGAAAGAAAGUGUGAGGUGUAUUUUCCUAACCGCGACUGAACUUUUGAUAUCAUAUAUCAACUUGACUAUGACUACGUCACAAGAAGUGCAUUACAUCACUAAGGCAAGACGCAGUAUCAUAUUUGGGGUACUCCUCUUCAUCUUGUCUUGUGGUGUUCCGUUGUUUUUAUACACAACUCUGAUCCAUCGUGCUGAGUUACCAAGCCAUGAAGUGGAAGCAAAGAUAAACAGCUUCCGUGAUUUAGUAAGAUUUAAUAUCCCGGUGUACGUUCGAAUCGACCCAUCACAUGAAUCUUUGGUUCAAGAGUGGCAAGACUCUCUCGAUUCUCGGAACAACAAUGAUGGCUUGGGUGGAAAAUGGUCAUUACAGUUGAAACUACAAGACGAGGAGGCUUUGAAGAAUGAAGUCUAUACUUUGGACGUCAACAUUGUAUCAACAUCAGACCAAAACUCCUACAAAGUCUCAUCGAGCUCUGGAAACAUUAGUUUGAACGUUGAACCUACGGCAAAUGGAAGUGAGUUUGUGACUAAUGUAUUAUUGAAUAGCAUUUUCGGAGAUGAACGCAAACAAAUACUAUCGAUUCUCGGAAUCAAAGAAGACGAAAAGGACUCGGAUAUUGUUUUCCCAUAUUCAAACACAUACAAUGUUGUUUUCAAUCUAUUUGUUGAAAAUGGUAGACCGGUGGAAUGGGACGUUGAAUCAGCUAUUCAAGCUAUGAAUCCUGUUUUCGACGCUCUUUCUAAUUAUGCAAACUUCAAAAUCAGCACCCAAGUCCAGUUGUAUUCCAAGUUGGGAAGUUCUACUCGUUAUGCGGAAGAUUUGAAAGCAAACAUUAUACCAAAGAGCGAAUUAUCUACAUUUAUCAACUUUGGAGACUGGAACUUGAUCACACAUGAUAUAAACCCUUCUAUUAACUUCAUCUUAUACUUUUCCAAAAGCAACUACGAAAAGGUUCCGUUGCUUGUUGAAGGUUCGAAUACCAACUCAUUCUUAAUUCCACAAUGGGGCGGUGUUUACAUCUACAACAGAAAAAUGCCCAUUAUUAAUGAUACCAUUUUCAAAUUGAAUACCUACGAAUUGCAACCUAUUUUUGAGAUUUUCACAUCCCAAUUGUUUGAGUUGUUAGGUGUACCUAAAAAUUCCGAAUCGCCUUGGAUUCGCAUUGACUCGUUGAAUAGGGUAAUUGCACUCAAAAAUUUGAAGCGUUCUUUGGAGAACUUGUCGUCAUUAAUUAAAUUGUCGACUUCUUUGAAUGAGAUCUCUAUUCCUGAGUCUACAAAGUUCCACACUGAACAAGCUUUAGCAUACUACGAUCAAGCUAUGACCGAAUUGGCAAAUCUGCAUUUUGAAGAAGCUAUAGUUUUGGCCAGUAAAAGUGUUGAAAGUUCCGAUAAAGCUUUUUUUGAAAAGGAAAUGGUACAACAAGCAUACUUCCCGAGCGAACACAAGCUUGCUGUUUUUCUGCCAUUAUUAGGACCCCUUUGUACUAUUGUUUUGAUAGGGUUCCUCAGCACCGUCAAAGACAUGAAAUCUAAAAAGCAAGGGCCAAAGAAAGUCCAAGAUAAAGAUGAAUAA